AUGGGUAUGUUCGAAAACGUCCCUCCGAACGAACGAAUAUCGGAAAACAAGUAUACUGAUAUCAACUGGCAUCAACAGCCCGAAGGUGCUACUCCAGAACAUGCAAUUCUCAUUGCUGACCCACAGCUCGUCGAUCCUCAUACGUACGUUCGAUCAAAGCCUGCAAUGGCGGCAACAAUGUACUACAUUGACCGAUACCUCGGCCGAGUCUACCAGGAUAUUCUUACCGGCCUCAGUCCGUCAUCCGUAAUCUUCCUCGGCGACCUAUUCGACGGUGGUAGAGAAUGGGAUACCCAGGACACAGCUGCGUCACCAGGCGGAACCGGUCUGGGCGAGAAGGCACGCAUGAACGACGCAUACUGGCACCAUGAAUACGAACGGUUCCAGAGAUUAUUCCCUAACGCGCCCGGCGUCUUGACGAUUAAAUCUCUACCUGGCAAUCACGACUUAGGGUUCGGAAAGGGUAUCAAACCGGCAGUUUACGAAAGAUUCAGGACGUACUUUGGAGAAACAAACUCAGUAUGGGAAAUUGGAAAUCACUCGUUCGUGCUGGCCGACACAGUUUCAAUGUCAGAUGACAGACAGAGCGCAGAUGGAUGGAGGGUCGGUGGAAAGGCAAAACAAUGGCUUGACGAGUACGGCAAGGGGAUGCAUCAGCCGGUACCUAGAACGCCAGUCCCAAGGAAAUUGAUGUCCCAGCAAAUCCAACUUGCGAAUGAAAAGGACACCGGAGACCAAGGACAGCCGCCACCACAGCAGAAUAUGUUUAACAGGCGAUUGCCUUCCAUACUGCUAACCCAUGUUCCGCUGUACAGAGGCCCAAAUACGCCAUGUGGACCCCUCCGCGAGUCUAAAGCGCACGGCGGUGGAAUCCCCUUCCGAGCUGGCUAUCAAUACUCCAACGUCCUUUCCCACGACCUCAGCCGUGAUCUCCUCCAGAAAGUUUCACCAACCUGGGUCUUCUCCGGCGAUGACCACGAUUAUUGCGUCCAUGAGCACUCCGGUGUCGGCGACCCGGGCAAAGGUAUCCGCACAGGACGCUGGGGAGUCGUCAAAGAAAUCACGGUCAAAUCCAUCAGCUGGUGCAUGGGAAUCCGCAGACCCGGUAUCCUCCUCUUGAGUCUCUACAAUCCAGACGAACGUGACUACCCACAUGAAAACCUCAUUAAGAACUUCGAGAAAAACCAAGCCCGCAAGAAAAACCGCCUCGAUAACGCCACCGAAUACAGUAUAAACGCCCAAACUCACCUUUGCCUUCUCCCCGAUCAACUAGGAAUCUUCUUCCUCUACGCAGGCUUAUUCGCCUGGACCCUUAUCAUCCUCGCUAUCAAAAUCCAACACUCCCCUUACUAUCACCGCUCUUCGUCCUCAUUUUCAAGAUCAGGUAAAACCGGCAACCCCCCACCUUCCCUCUUUAUCUCCCCAGAAAAGGCGAAUUUUAACGCCAAGAAACAAGAUCCCAUUCUACCAUUAGCAACCCCCACGCCCACGACCGCCACUUUCAUGUAUCAUCAGCAUACACUGAUCCCCGCGGUCAACGGUACCACGUCGAGUACGCUCGCCACGCCGCCGCUCGGAGGGAUUUCCCAGAAACCCCGUGCCACUGCGUCAGGAAGUUUGUCGCCUGGAGGGUCCAGGGCCUCGAGUCCUAGACCUGGAAUGGGAGGAUACGGAUACCCGCCCUCAGGACGAGUUACCCCGACCUCGGAUAGAGACGAUGAGAAGUAUAAGUACAGAAAGGAGGCGACGGUGAUGAUUGAUCCUACUGGAAUCUCCGGAGCGAUGAACCAGUGGAUUGAGAAAAGUGGAGCUGGAGAUGUUGCAGCAAAGGGACGCGAAGAGGCUAAGAAAUGGAUUGAUGAGAAGAGCUUUUCGUUACAAAAGGCCUUACAAUCCAAUUUUGUAGGAAGACAGGUGGUUAAGGGAUGGAGAAAAGGAAAGGCAAGAGUCUGUGGAUCUUGGAUUGAGAGGAAGACAAGAGAUAUUAGAUCCGUUCUAUGGGCGGUUUGUCUGGAUUGCAGGGAUAUCGCUGCUAUUGUACUACCAUUCUAUUGGUGGUGUCUGACAUCAUAUUGA